CACGUUGCUGCCAACUCCAGCAUGUCUUGUAUUUUCAUGGCAGAGAUUAACAACUGUUCAACUUCAACGUCAACAGAAGUCAACACUGAUUUGGCCUAUCAAUAUUAAUCUUUGUGAAUAUUUCGAUUUGGGCAGUUAAUUCGAUUAAUCCUGCAAUUAAUUUCACUUGCUCGACCUAUAAAUCUCAUUGCGUAUUCACUACAAAUUUCGAGGCGUAGUGAAUAUUUUCCUAGGGAAAUGGAUACAAUUCAAAGUGAGAACGCUACCGUUCAAGAAGAUCUUGAUCGGCAGAACAUCGAUGCUCCGACGAAUUCUACUCCAGAAGAGGGAAGAACCCAAGAUCAUGUCAUGGAGGGUGAGACAUCCCUGUCGAAACAUCAACGGAAGAAACUUGCAAAAAAGUUAAAAUGGGAGGAGAACAAGAAGCUGCGUCGAGCCAAGACCAAGGCGAAAAGGAAGGAACUCCAGGCUAAGAUAAAUGCCGGCUUGAUUCCAAAACCUCUUUUUUCUCGAAAAGUCAAAAAGUCAAAUACUAUGAAGGAAUCCGGUAAUAGAGUCGGCGUGGCUAUUGACAUGAGUUUCAACCACUUGAUGAUUGAAAAAGACAUGGCAAAAUGUAUCAAACAAAUAAAUAGAUGCUACAGUUUCAACAGGAUACAAAAGAAUCCGGUCCAAUACUACGUAUCAAGUUGUAAUGCACCAGAAAUGAUGAAGAAAUAUAAUGGUUGGGAACAUUGGGAUGUUAAUUUUACUAGUAAUUCAUAUUUUGAAUUAGAAAAUUUUCCAAAGGAUAAAAUAAUCUAUUUAUCAAGUGAAUCCGAAAAUGUACUGACCACUGUUGAACCGGAAUACCUGUACGUUAUUGGGGGAUUGGUUGACCAUAACUCCCAAAAGGGCCUAUGCCACUCUCUUGCUGUAAAGAAUGGGAUAAAGCAUGCAAGAUUACCGAUUGAUGAGCAUCUUGACAUGAAAACGAGAAAAGUAUUGACCAUCAAUCACGUAUUUGAAAUUUUGACAAACGUCUCCCAAGGGAUGCCAUGGGAUAAAUCAAUGAUCGAGGUUAUUGCGCCAAGAAAAAUGGCUCAGCUCAAAAUCCCGCAUAGUUGACUUUAGAAUUAAAAUUAUAACAAUAAAUAGAAUGAUUUUUGUAUUUUAUUAUUGACAUAAUAGAUAUAUUUGAAGGAUGACUUUUUGCAAUUAAAGAGAAUAUAUACUAUACUAUAUAUGUGGCUAAUAAAGCACUAGAAGAAUGCUAAACAAUGCUUAGUAAACAUUUUAAGUAAUCAAAUCUACCACGACCGAAUUUAGAGUUCCAAGGACACGAUAUUCUUUAAUACGGAAUAAUAUGCGAUCAACUCUAUAAAACUUUGUUAGUAUUUAUAAUUUAUAUAUUAAUCACAAUCACAAUUCUAGCAAAUUAAGUAAUCAUCGAGCAACUUCAUUGGAAUAUUUGUCAUUAUAGAACCACCUAGCCUAACCUUAAAUUUUAUUUCUAUUUUUCGGUGUUAAGCGCUCGAAUAAAUUCUUCUAGUUUAUCUUGAA